UCGUAAGCUCAUUAAUUUUGACAGCUAUCUGGUCAGCCUGCUUCAUCUGACAAUCACUCGUGGUUAUCCUAGGCUUUGAAACGAGAGCAGCAAACCAUGCAGGGUGCGAAAGAGAAGGUGAAGGAUAUGGCAAGCACGGUCAAGGAGAAGGCGAAGAAGCACUCCGCCAAGGGCGAGGAGAAGGUGGAGGAGACGACGGCUCGAAGCCGCGAAGAGAAAGAGAUGGCCCGGGAGCGAGGGAAGGCGAGAGAGGCCCAAGCCAAGGCGGAGCUCCACCAGGAGAAAGCCGAGCACAGGGAGGAGUCCGCCGCUCAUCGUGGCACCCACGUUCCCCUCACCGGUCCCUAUCAUAAUCGUCCUGUUGGUACUGCUGCAGCUCCCACCAAAACCGUUGACCCGACUUACCCGGCCUCCGGUGGCCGCCCAGCCGGUGAAAAGUACCUGUAGUUAUGUUUUUUUUCCCAGGAUUCUGUGUGUGAGCAAAGCGUGUUUUCCUGUUCACUUCUGUGCCGGUCUUUUUUCUGUUCUAAGCUGAAGCAGCACUUUAGUUAUAUAUAUAUAUAUAAAAAAACUUGCUUAUAUAUA